AUGGCUUCGUCGAUCAACUCAGAGACGACCCAAAACGAGAACAUACAGAUGGCCGCCAAAAAGGUCGGAUCUGUCCACAGCGGAAAGGCUGAGGUCUCCAGUCUCGACAUUGAACGCCAGGAGGCCGACAAGGUCCCCGCCAUCACCAAGCGUGCCGCCAUCCUCCUCUUCAUCGGAUUGGCAAUGGCUACCUUCUUGGCAAGUUUGGACGGUACCAUUAUCGCCACAGCUCUUCCCAGGAUCGCCUCUGACUUUGAGGCCCAGAGCCAGAUGAGUUGGGUCGCCACUGCCUACUUGCUCACCUACAGUAAAUUCAGUGAUAUCUUUGGUCGCAAAAUCAUGAUCCUCUUCGCCUGUGUGACCUUCAUGGUUGGAUCAGCCGGUGCUGGAGGUGCCCAGACGAUGACCAUGCUCAUUGUCUUCCGCGCCAUCCAGGGUCUUGGUGGUUCGGGUCUUCUUUCGAUUGUUCUCAUCAUCAUUUCGGAUAUCUUUCCCCUGGAGGAACGUGCCAGGUACCAGUCGGUCAUCUGGAGUGUCUUUGGUGUCUCGUCUGUCAUCGGCCCUUUGCUCGGAGGCGUCUUUGUCGAACAGGCAACUUGGCGCUGGUGCUUCCUCAUCAACUUGCCCCUCGGUGUUGUCACCAUCGCCUCGGUUCUCGUGUUCUUGAACUUGCCCUUUGAGAGACAGAACCUCAAGGAGCAGCUGGGCCGUAUUGAUUACUAUGGUACCAUCCUGGUUAUUGCCGCCGUCAUCUGCCUGUUGCUUCCCAUCACCUGGGGUGGUGUCGAAUACGAUUGGAACUCGCCCGUCAUCAUCGUCCUCUUCUGCGCUGCCGCCCUCUUGAUUGUUGUCUUGAUGUGGGUCGAGUCUAAGGCGGUCGAGGCUAUCAUCCCCCCCAGAUUGUUCCUCAACCCCACCGUCGCCACCCUCUUUGGCGUUAACUUUUUGACCGGCAUGGCCUUCUUGGGAGUUAUCUUUUACUGCCCUAUUUACUUCCAAGUCGUCUUGGGCUCGUCUGCCACAGCCUCGGGUCUCAAGUUGUUGCCCAUGGUCCUUGGACUUGUCGCCUCGUCCAUUGCCUCGGGUGCCUUGAUGGGUAUUGUCGGUGACUACCGCAUCUUUAUCUGGUUGGGAACCACCAUGAUGUCUAUCGGUGUCGGUCUCUGCAUGUUAUUCGAUGCCAACUCGGGCAUGGGCCAGCAGAUCGGUUUCUUGUUGAUUGUCGGUCUUGGAAUCGGGUUGAUCUUGCAGACCUGCAUGUUGGCUGCCCAGGCUGCGGUCGAGAAGGAGGACAUGGCUGUUGUCACUGCCCUGUGCGGAUUCAUGAACAGUAUCGGAGGCGGUGUCGGAAUUGCGAUGUGCUCGGCCUUGUUCAACAACCACUUCAAGACGCAACUGCUGACCCUCCCUCUGUCCGUUCUUGCAGAUGCCGAAGCGUACAACAUCCAGAAGGCGAUUACCAAUGUCCAGCUCUUGCCCGCAUUGUCCAAGGCCGCGAUCAUUGGCGUCUAUGUUGAUACCUUCCAGUUCAUCUUCAAGUGCAUUACGCCCAUUGCCUGCGCUGCCUUCCUCUUUUCGCUCCUCGUCCGCAAGACCCGUAUCUUGGAUGCCUCUGAGAUCCACAUGGCCGCUUAA